GUGGGUAGGAAGAGAAGAGAAUCCAUAUCCAGCUCCUGGUCGCCUGUCAGGCGCUGGAAACAGCUGGAGCUGGGCUUCGGUCUUCCCGCCUAAGCCAAUGUGUAUGGCGAAUUAGAGUGGACGGAAAACCUUGCUACUUUGAGGAAAAGUUUGCAAAAGGGUGGACUCUACCCUACUAGUCGUUUGUAACGUUACGCCCUAUUAGUACAAAGGGUUAACACAAGUCGGGAUACAGAAACUAAGCGGAAGGCCGCUACGUGGGCUUGUAACUGCUAGGAUGGGAAUCUGGGUUUUCAAACGAUUUUAGUUAGCUGAGACUAAAAGCCUUUUUUAGGGUUUACCAAAGCCCUUUUCCUAGUUUAGUUGUUGGAUCUAAUGUCUAGUACCCUAUUGCAUGAUACAGGCGGUGCAAACCGGAAUAGGGAUUUGAAGGAAAUGGGGGUUUUUGUUAUUGCUCCAAAAGCCAAAGUUAAAACAGACUUCCACGAAUUGGGUAGGAAGUAAAGCGAUGCAAAAACAAAGUUGUCUCUUACAGACGCUUCAGAUCUCUUCGUAUACACGUCUACAACUGAAAAGUGAUACCAUCCCCAAACAGGUGAACCUAUACUUUUACGUAAUUAACUGAUUAGUCUGAAAUGGGACGUUUCCAUUGGCUAAGAAGAUAUUUGCUCUGAUAGCCACUAAGGAAGCGAGAGCAGAAGCUCUUAUUUACAUAAACUCCACCCCUCUAUGACGACAUUGUUGGACAUUAACCAAUAAAAAUGCAGUCCUGUGCGAGCCUUCAUUUGCAUACAGGCUCUAUAAGUAGCGCGUAACCAAGGCGCUUGGGUAUAGUCCUGAUCGUUUCGGGUGUGUGGCGUUUCCUCUAGCAAAAAUGCCUGAUCCAGCGAAGUCGGCUCCCGCUCCCAAGAAGGGUUCCAAGAAAGCUGUUACGAAAGUGCAGAAGAAAGAUGGCAAGAAGCGCAAGCGUAGUCGUAAGGAGAGCUAUUCAGUGUAUGUAUAUAAGGUAUUGAAACAGGUUCAUCCGGACACCGGCAUCUCGUCCAAGGCUAUGGGCAUCAUGAACUCGUUCGUCAACGACAUCUUCGAGCGCAUCGCCGGCGAGGCCUCCCGCCUGGCGCAUUACAACAAGCGCUCCACCAUCACGUCCCGGGAGAUCCAGACGGCCGUGCGCCUGCUGCUGCCCGGCGAGCUGGCCAAGCACGCCGUGUCCGAGGGCACCAAGGCGGUUACCAAGUACACCAGCUCGAAGGUUUACUUUCUUUAAAAAUCCUUCUUGGGAUCUCCGACAAAGGCUGUUCCAGUGCCUGUUAUAAAAUAGCAUCUUGACGAAAGUUUGUUGACUGAUUGCCCAGACCACAGAACACCCGAAACUGGAUCUGAAGGUGGUAAGUUCAUGUACUCCAAUAAGGUUUUUCACUCUACUUUUUCCUGAGUUUUCUUGCUCCUUUAACCUGAAACACUUUUGUGAUAAUUACUGACCCAGUUAAAACAACAGUUGGAGAUUAAAAACUCCUAAGAGGGGCAGAGAGAACACUGCACGUGACCCCUUCCCAUCAUCCAAUGUGUCUGUGUAACCAAAAGGACAAGAUUAGACUGGAGCCUUUUCAGCCUCCUUUAGGUGUUGCUCUUCUGGUCUUGUAAACAAGGGUGAAGAGGGAGAUGCAUUCCAGAAUAUGAAAAAACUUUGUGGUAUUAGGAUAAGGAGCUUUACAUAUCAGAUCCAGUGAGCAUUGCAAAUGUAGAAACAGGCGAGUCUGGGUCCAGGCAGUUCAGUGCCUGACUUCAGCUCAGGUCUCGAUCUCAUGGUUCAUGAGUUUGAGCCCCGUGUCGGAUUCUGUGUCUCCCUCUCUCUCUGCCCCAACUUUACUCUCUGUCUCUCUCAAAAAUAAACAAUAAAAAGAAAAAAGGUUGGUUAGUCAUCCUUUUAAGGAUUGGUGAAUGGAUUGUGGUUUCUAUAUAAACUUAAAAAGAUGACAAUUUAAUCUUGCCAUAAUUUUAGACAAAUACCUCAUUUUAAGACUGGAUGCAUUUCCUAAAAGUGAUCUAAGAGUGAACACAUUUAAAUUUGGAUGACUAUAAUUUAAAUACAGGGCAACAGAUGGGAAAUAAGUUAUAGGAUCUCAUUGGGAGGCAUGAAGUAGGAGUUAUCA